AUGUCCUCCACCCCCGGCCCCGCCAAAACUCCUCGCGCACAUAUGACCAACCCUCCCGCUCUCGAAUGCUUGCGCGACCUCGAUCCUUCGCUCUACGAAGAAUGCCUUCGUCUCGGCAACGGUGACGAAGUCAUCCGCCACUACCGCUGGUGCGAAACAAUGGCUGGCGAAGAAUACGCGCGCAACUAUGCAUGGGGAAACGGCGAGCGAAAGGGCGAGUAUGAUUGCAUCAGCCCGUGCAAGUAUUUGGAUUUGCCGCAGAGUUUGCUGGAGCCUGUAUUGUUGAAGUGGGCAAGUGGGAAUGGGUGGCGUGUACGGUUCGAUACGAGGUUGUUGACGUUUGUGGAGGAAGAGGAGGGGGAUGAGAAUGGGAGGAAGAUCUUGGCGAGCGUGGUGGAUGAAGUUAUCGGCGUUGAAUACAAGAUUCGGACGAAGUACCUCUUCGGCGCGGAUGGAGGGCGCAGCAGUGUUGCGAAGAUUUUGGAUCUACCGUUUACGACGCUUUCAGGAGGGGGUUUUGCGUACAAUGUCCUCCUCAGCGCAGAUAUGACGCACUUAAUGACACAUAGGCAGGGCAACCUGCACGUUUCGUUGCGCUUGGAGAAAGAUUAUCCGUUCGUGGGCGUCAUGAGGCAGGUAAAGCCGUGGACUGAGUGGGUGUUUGUGUUCCUUCCAAAAGGGCCGCAUGCUCCUAACCCGAAGAGGAGUUUUGAGGAGUGGAAGGUAAUUGCGGAAGAUCUCAUUGGAGAUGAUAGUGUUGAUGUGGAGAUUCUGGAUGUCAGCGGGUGGGUGAUCAAUGAGAGUAGCGCAGAUGUGAUAAGCAAGGGGAAUGUCUAUUGCCUAGGCGACGCCAUCCAUCGACACCCACCUACACUUGGCCUGGGGUCGAAUACGUGCAUCCAAGAUGCCUUCAAUCUCGCUUGGAAGAUCGCGAUGGUAGAGAAGAAGCUCGCACAUCCAUCCUUGCUAUCUACCUACAACACCGAGCGCCAACCUGUCGGGGCAGACUUGGUCACUGAAUCUAACGACAUCCUCCGUAUGGACGUCGGUUCCUGGGGCAUACUCGGCCUCCAACCCUACGGCAUCAGCGAAGAAGACAUGAAAAAGAACAAGCUUGGUCUCAUAGCUAAUACCAAAGAAGGAAGAGAGCGCAGAAAGGCGAUCCGUGAAGCAACCAAAUUGCAAGAUCGGGAACUGCACGCUCUCGGAACCGCGAUGGGCCAGAGAUAUGACUCUUUCGCCGUCGACGCGCAGGACGAAGUGGAAACCUUCAGACCGUCACAGCGGGAGAUCGAGAGCCCACAGCAGCACUACGAACCAGGCACUUACCCUGGCCGUCGACUUCCGCACGUCUGGCUCGGAAAGAAGGUUGCUGGUCCGCUCAUAUCUACGCUGGACAUCGCCGGCAAAGGCCAAUUUACAUUGUUCACCAGUAUCGGAGGAGAGAACUGGAAAGAAGCAGCUCAGUCCAUCAAGAAGGACAUGGGUGUUGACAUCAAAGUCGUCGGGAUCGGAUACGGCUUAGAGUGGGAAGACACGUAUCUUGAGUGGGCGGCCAAGUGUGGUGUUGAGGAAGAUGGAUGCGUGCUUGUUCGGCCCGAUUUGUUUGUGGCCUGGAGGGCUCAUGAAAGUGGCCGGGAAGUGGAGAGACUUGGGAAGGUGAUGAAGAAGAUCCUAGGGUAUGCUAAGUAG